AUGGCAUCGAACACAGUUUUUCCUGGGUAUAUUGACUGGCCUUCCGACGAAAAUAUUAAAAGAGUUGAGAGGAUUAAUCCGACAGUAAAAGCUAUAAAGACCUUAUUGUAUAAUGGUGGUUCAAUUUAUGCGUUCUUCUACUUUGUUGUCGCUAUGUUUGUUGAGCCUAUGUUACGAAAACAGUACUUGCAAAGGCACGACUUUUCUCUAUCUAUUUUGCUUCGUUUAAGGAGAACCAUAGCUCAACUACAAAAAAGGCUGGUGACAACCCCUGUAUCUUCAUUAGGAUACAAUGAACAGAGUAAAUUCGUAGAGAGGUCCACCCAAACUUCAGAUGACAAUAUAACACAAGGUAAUAGCGGCCGUUGGCCCGGAAUAAAUGAUCAAUUACACAGCGUAAAGCGAGAAUUACAAUAUUUUAAUAGAACUUCAGUCCAACCACUUGAAUGUAUAGAUGAUUUCAUUUUUCAAAUUAAGAUGGUGACAGAUCAAGUUGAAUUAACAGAUAAAUCCCAAAAAAUUAUAAAUAAAUCAAGAGAUGUUAUUCAAGGUAUCCGGGAGAUUAAAGGCUGGUUCGUCAAUGGCGUAGUGCCGAAAUAA